AUGAAUGAAUCAACUGAAGUGGUUAUGGAUGGUAGUUCCCUGCUCAAGGCAGUUUACCAUAGUCGACUGCGUCUGACUCGGCUGCUCUUAGAAGGAGGUGCUUAUAUAAAUGAGAGUAAUGAAUAUGGAGAGACACCCCUGAUGGUAGCUUGUAAGACACAACACACAAAUCCACAAAGUGUACCUAAGCCUAAGAUGGUUCGGUAUCUUCUAGAAAAUGGUGCUGAUCCAAACAUUCAAGACAAGACGGGAAAAACGGCUUUGAUGCAUUCGUGCCUUGAACAAGCUGACCCUGAAGUUCUAUCCCUUCUGCUGGACAGUGGAGCUGAUCCAACUCUGGAAGAUCAUGCAGGAUUAUCAGCAUUAGUUUAUGCAGUGAAUUCAGGAAACAGGAAAAUUCUUAGUGUGCUUCUGGGUGCUUGUAAAGCAAAGGGGAAGGAGGUUAUCAUUAUAACUACCAGCAAAAUGGCUUCUGACCAACAGAUGACAAAACAGUACCUCAACGUCCCACCCUCUUCUGUUUCGGGAAGUCUGUCUUAUACUUCAGUAUGUAGUUAUAGGUCUCCAUAUGAGUCCCAGACUGAAACUCUUCCACACAGUUCCUUGACUACCCCUUCUCUCCAAACCUGCAGCUCUCUUCUUGGUCCCAACGAGGUGCUGCUGGUCUGGAGAGAAGAGGCUCCGGGGCCCUACUUCUGGAUCGUAUUGCCCACACUCGCCCUGGGUUCCUUCCUCCUUUGA